AUGGGCACGACGAUUUCUCGACCUAAGGUUCGUGUGGGUCUUCCAAAGAAGAACCCUAAAGUUUUGAAACCCGCUUUCACCAUUCCUUCCAAACUGUUACAAUCCCUUGUAGAAGACCCUAAAUGGGAUGAAAAAGGCAGCGUCACACAAAACUACAAUUCCUUCGGCAUCGUCAAUGACCCUAACUCCCUCACCGAUUCUCUUCGAGCUCCUCCUUCUGUCUCCGAUGACCCCAACGAUUCCGGCAGUGACCUCGAAGAAGACGAUUUGAAAUCGGCACUGGGAAAGAGAAGAAGAGAUGGUAAAAGUGCACUUCCUCAACCUUUGACUUCGAUUCAGCGUCUUUAUAUUAGUCGGCUAGUUGAGAACAUUCAUCGGGCAGAUGGAUCCUGUAUAAGUGACCAAAUGGAGUUGGAAAAAGAAGUUGUAGAAUUCUACAAAAAAGUGACGGGGGAAGAUUCAACUGACCUUGAAGGCAUUGAUACAAAUGCAAUGAGAGCAAGGGCACAAUUAAAUAAUGAUCAGCGAGAACUGUUAAUCACUACUGUUACAGAAGAGAAAGUUAUCACAACUCUCAAAGGCAUUGGUAAUGAUAAGUCACCUGGUAUAGAUGGAUUUGGGGCUUAUUUUUUCAAGAAAGCCCGGAGGCUGUUUAAUGUUUUGUUGUUAUUAUGGCAGAGAAUGAUGAUGGAUAUAAAGCUAAAUCCUAUGCAGCAUUCUGUUGCAACUUUAGAGAAAUUGUGUAUGAGCUAUUACAUUUACAAGAACAAGAAUCCUCUUAUUGUUGGAAGAUGA